AGUAACGCCAUUAUUUCAACCCAAAUUUCAAUUCCAGAAAAUGUCCUUGUUGCGUAAUCUCACCCGUGGUCCAGGACUUUCUUUGUUGAGAGCCAAGCACACCCUUCCCGAUCUUCCAUAUGACUACAAUGCUCUCGAACCGGUGAUCAUUAGCGAAAUCAUGCAACUCCAUCACCAGAAACAUCAUGCAACUUAUGUAAAUAAUUUGAAUAUCGCCGAAGAAAAAACUCACGAAGCACUUUCCAAAGGCAACAUCAAAGAAGCGAUUGCUUUGCAGGGAGCGCUAAAAUUCAAUGGUGGUGGCCAUAUCAACCACUCCAUUUUUUGGACUAAUUUGGCUAACCCGAAAGACGCAGGAGAACCUAGUUCUGAACUGAUGGCUGCAAUCAAGAGAGACUUUGGAUCGUUGGAGAAGAUGCAAGAAAUGUUGUCGACUGUCACCAUAGCUGUACAGGGAUCCGGCUGGGGAUGGCUCGGUUACUGUCCCAAAUCAAAGAAGCUGAAGAUUGCAACUUGUCCCAAUCAAGACCCUCUCGAGCCUACGACUGGUUUGGUACCUCUUUUUGGAAUCGAUGUUUGGGAACACGCAUACUACCUACAGUACAAGAAUGUUCGACCUGACUACGUAAAAGCCAUAUGGAAAGUUGCGAACUGGAAGAAUGUUAGUGAACGAUUCUCUAAAGCGCAAUGAUAGAGUAGAGAACUAGACCACAAGGACGUUGUUUUAUUUUGUUUUAUUUGUUUCUUUUUAUUUAUGUUUGAGUAGAAGGUAUAGACAUGUUUUAUCCAGCAAUCCCAUCUUUUUACGAAUAAAAGGAUUUUAGU